GCAGCCAUCGAUUUCUGUCUCAAUUUGAAUCGGAAGCCAAGUCGUCGUCGACUGGCUCGCGCUCUUGUCUCUGUUCCGCGUUCUCGCUUGGACCUACUCCCAUUUUAUGCACGCCUUACUGCUGCUCUAGCUCCUGUAGCACCAGAUUUGGCCGCAGAAGUCUGCGCUGGCCUUACCAACGAGUUCCAUUGGCAUGUUAACAAGCGUGAUCAGAUCAAUCUUGAAUCAAAAAUAAAAACCAUGCGGUUCAUUGGUAAGUGA